GACGACGAAUUGAAUCAUCAUCAUUCAUCACCACCACCCAAUCCCAUUCCCCUCUUCUCUUCCCUACUAUUCUCAUCUCUCCCACACAGAUUCCCCUCCUUUUCCCAGAAACCAAAUUAACAUUAAUAAAUUAUUAUUAUAAAAUAAAAUAAAAUAAAUAAAGGGGAAAAAAACCCCUCUUUUUUCCCUUCCCAAUUCUCAUUCGUUCAAUUUAUCCAAACCCCCACUCCUCAUUCGUUUCCUUCAACAUCAAAGCGACUCACUCUGGGAACCUAGGGCACAAAAAUGGUUUCCCGGGAAAACAACAAUUGGCUCUUCGAUUACGGCUUAAUCGAUGAUAUUUCCCCUCCCAUUUCCACCUUCAUGGCCACUCCUUCCCCCGGUUUCGCCUGGCCCACCCAACCGCCCUUCAAUCUUUCUUCCAAUGUCGGUGCUGAAAUUGAUGUCUCAUUAGGGGAUUCUGACAGUCUCAAAGAGUCUGGUUCAAAGAAGAGGGGCAGAUCUGAGUCAUGUGCUGCCACUAGCUCCAAGGCAUGUCGGGAGAAGUUGCGUAGAGAUAGGCUUAAUGACAAGUUUGUUGAAUUGGGCUCCAUUUUGGAGCCUGGAAGGCCUGCCAAAACAGACAAGGCUGCUAUCCUGAUUGAUGCUGUCCGAAUGGUGACACAGUUGAAGGGUGAAGCCGAAAAGUUGAAAGAUGCUAAUUCGGGUCUUCAAGAAAAGAUUAAAGAAUUGAAGGUUGAGAAGAAUGAACUCCGUGACGAGAAACAGAGGCUCAAAGCAGAGAAAGAGAAGUUGGAGCAGCAGCUGAAAUCUAUGAAUACACAACCCAGCUUCUUGCCUCCCCCCACUGCCCUUCCUGCUGCAAUGCCUGCUGCAUUUGCUGCACAAAGCCAAGCCCAUGGCAACAAGUUGGUACCUUUUAUUAGUUAUCCAGGAGUUGCAAUGUGGCAAUUUAUGCCACCUGCUGCAGUGGAUACCUCCCAGGAUCAUGUACUUCGUCCUCCAGUUGCCUAACCUGGCACUGUGCAAUUCUUUGGGCUUCCAUUUUGGCUCAAGAUUGUAUCCAAUCCCAAUACCUUUUUGGCUUUGUUAGUUUUCCAUGUAUUCUAACUGGACCCAGUGGCUUCCCUCUGUAUUUUGCAUAUGGAUAAUAUUAUGAAUUAAUGCUGGUAUUUUCGUGUAAAUUUUAAUAAGCUUUGUAUCA